CUUAAUAUAUACAUGUUUUUGAAGGCGGGUAAAGGGAAAAAAAUAACAACAGCGAGCGUAGAUGGGCUUGGCUGUGUCGUUAUGGAGCCCCCUUUGAGCAAGAGGAACCCGACACUGAGAUUAGCGGAUUUGGCAGCGGCUCAGCCCCAUCCUCACCAGAACAUGACAGGCUUCCCGGGGCUGGGGAACCACCACGUCCACCCCCACCACGCGGCCCACCUCCACCCCGGGGACGCGGGCGGCGACCCCGGCGGCGCCCUCACGCCGCUCGGACCCGAGCACAUGGCGCAGCCCGCCGCCCUCAAGCUCACGCCCGAGGCGCUCACCGCCGCCGCCUUCGCCGCGCCCGCCGCCACCACCACCACCGCCGCCGCCUCCGCCACCGCCGCCGCCGCCACCACCGCCGCCGCCUACGCGCCGCCCGCCGCCGCCCUCCCGGGAUACCCGUCGGGGGAGGCGGCGGGCCGGGACUUUCUCCUGCGGCGGGAGCUGCCCGCCGCCGCCGCCGUGCACGGGGCGCUGGGCGAGCAGCACCCGCCCGCCGGCUCCCCCCACCUUCCGCACCCGCCACCGCACGGCGUCUUCAUCUCGGCCGCCGGCACCUACGGCGCGACCGACGGGGCGCACGCCUCCUUCCCGCCGCCGCCGCCCGGCGAGCAGGGCGCGCCCGCCGGCCGCCACCCGCCGCUCAACGGGCAGAUGCGUCUGGGGCUGGCGGCCGCCGCCGCCGGGGAGCUCUACGGGCGCGCCGAGGCGCACUACGGGGCCGCCGCCGCCUCCUCUUCCUCCUCGGCGCUGCAAGGCUACGGCUCCGUCAACCUCAACUUGGCGGCGGCCGGGCACGGGCACCCGCACCACCCCCAUCCCCACCACCACCACCAUCACCACCACCACCACCAUGCCCACGUCGGGGCCGCGGCGGCGGCGGCGGCGGCCGGGGCCUUCCUGCGAUACAUGCGACAGCCCAUCAAGCAAGAGCUGAUCUGCAAGUGGAUCGACCGGGAGCCGCCUCCUCCACCUCCACCGCCGCCACCGGGCGCUAGGAAGCCUUGCUCCAAAACUUUCAGCACGAUGCAGGAGCUGGUGAGCCAUGUCACCGUGGAGCACGUCGGUGGGCCCGAGCAGAGCAGCCACGUGUGCUACUGGGAGGAGUGUCCCCGUGAAGGCAAGCCCUUCAAAGCGAAAUACAAACUCAUCAACCACAUCCGAGUACACACGGGAGAGAAGCCCUUCCCUUGCCCCUUCCCCGGCUGCGGGAAGGUCUUCGCUCGCUCUGAAAACCUCAAGAUCCACAAGCGGACUCAUACAGGGGAGAAGCCCUUCAAGUGCGAGUUCGACGGCUGCGAGAGGAAGUUCGCCAACAGCAGCGACCGCAAGAAGCAUUCCCACGUCCACACCUCGGACAAGCCCUACUACUGCAAGAUCCGCGGCUGCGACAAGUCCUACACGCAUCCCAGCUCCCUGCGGAAGCACAUGAAGAUCCACUGCAAGUCCCCGCCGCCCUCCCCGCCGCCGGGCUCCCAGAGCUACGCGGCGGCGGGGCCCCCCGACGGCCCGCUGCCCCCCGAGGCAGACCCGGCCGCCGAGCCGCCCCGCGGCCGCCGGGCCGCGCUCUCCCCGCCGGUCACCGACCUCAGCGAGUGGUACGUCUGCCAGGCCGGGGGCGCUCCCCGCCGGCCCCGCACCCCCUCCAGCCGCGGCACCUCCCCGGCAUCCGAGGAGGAUGAGCCCCACAGGACCUCGGGAGGCAGAACUGCUCCCUAG